AUGGCUCAAGGUAACCCGACUUCCAGCAAGCCUGCGAUCGUGGUCAUCCCCGGUGGGGCUUGCCCAGUAGUGUUCUACAACGACCUGGUGUCGAGCCUGACCAAAGACGGCUACGAGGCAGAGACGCACAAUCUGCGAUCCUACACCGACGACCCGAAGAACUCUGAACCUCAGGGUCUGGCCGAGGAUGCAGCGUACUUCCACGAAAAGAUCGAAGCGUUGGCCGACCAGGGCAAAGACGUUGUCGUUGUAGGCCACUCUUAUGGCGGCCUUGUCACGACAGAUGCCGCGCACGGCCUGAGUAAAGCGGAGCGAGAGAGUGCCGGGAAACGCGGCGGUGUCGUCCGCAUCAUUUACCUGAGUUGCAUUGUCGGGGCUGUUGGAUCAACGUCUGCCGAGACGUGCGCCGACCGCCUCCCGACUUUCGACUUCAUGGAGCCCUUCGAUGAGACUGGCAAGUUCUUGAAACAAAACGCCGAGAAGUCCGCGCACAUCGUCUUCAGCGAUAUGCCGCUGGAGGAGGGCAAGCAAUGGGUGUCGAAGAUGUGGUGCCACUCGUCCCGUAGCUUUUCGGAUAAGAUCCAGCAUGCGGCGUACCUGGAGAACCCUGUCACGUGGAUUUUUUGCACCAAGGACGAGGUGCUGCUGCCGAGCUUCCAGCGCGGGUGUAUUGAGUUCAUUGAGCAGGAGAAGAAGGGUGAGAAGGUCGACGUUGUUGAGUUGGAGGUCGGGCAUUGUCCUAACGUCAGUGCUAUUGAGUUGACGGCGAAGACAAUUGUUGAAGCCGUGGAGAGGAAUGCUUGA